AUGGAUAAUGAAAAGUAUCUGCCGGAGCUGAUGGCUGAGAAGGAUUCACUGGACCCGUCUUUCCAGCACUCUACACGCCUCUUAGAGCAAGAAAUUGAAAAGAUUCAGAAAGGUGAAGAGAAAGAGGACGAGAAGUUCAUCGACGUCGUAAUAAACAAGAACAUGAAACUGGGUCAGAAAGUGCUGAUACCUGUCAAACAGUUUCCCAAAUUUAAUUUUGUGGGAAAGCUACUCGGUCCACGAGGGAACUCACUAAAAAGACUACAGGAGGACACACUCACCAAGAUGUCCAUCCUUGGCAAGGGCUCCAUGAGAGACAAAGAGAAGGAGGAGGAGUUGCGAAAGAGUGGCGAGGCCAAAUAUCAUCACCUGAACGAAGACCUGCACGUCCUCAUCGAGGUGUUUGCUCCACCUGCUGAGGCCUAUGCCCGCAUGGGCCAUGCUCUUGAAGAGAUCAAAAAAUUCCUCAUUCCGGAUUAUAACGAUGAGAUCAGACAAGCUCAGCUGCAGGAGUUGACGUUUCUGAAUGGUGGCUCUGAGGAUGCCAAGGUGCCCGCUGUGAGAGGGAAAUCCAGCUCGAGGGCCCGCGGCACACCUGCGCCCGGCUCACACAGGAGUAGAGGAGGUGUUCCUCCCCCCCAGGCUGCAGUUCCUCGUGGGGCAGCACCCAGAGGAGCUCCACCGAGCCGCCUUCCGUCCAAUAGGGGGAGAGCACAGAGAGGGCGUGGUGCUCCACCCCCUGUGGGAUAUAGACCACCGCCCCCUGUAGUGCAGGACUCAUAUGGAGAAUACGAAUACGAUGACGGAUACGGAACAGCCUACGAUGACCAAGGGUACGACUCAUACGACAACACUUACAGUAACCAGGGACAAAAUUCAGAGGACUAUUAUGAAUAUGGACAUGGUCUAAGCGGCGAAUCCUACGACUCAUAUGGCCAGGAAAAGUGGACAAAUGGCCGGAACAAAGCUCCGUCAGCGCGGACAAACAAAGGAGUGUACAGAGACCAGCCUUACACACGAUACUGA